UGCUUAUGUAUGAUGCAUCAAUGUAAAUAGAGUCUCAGUUAAUCCCUAUAAGUUCUCCCCUAAUAACUAAGUAGAUUCUCGGGAAAGAGUCUAUAAAUAGGAGUCUCUCUUCUUCCAUAUGGCGCAUCGCAAACAAGAGUUCUUGAAGAAACUGGCAAGCAAGAUGAUCAGCAGUGGAAUGUUCACUUGCAAUGUUCUUGCAGUUCUUCUCAUCUUUGUUCUUAAUUCUAACACUUGCAAUGCAGCAAGAAUCCCAAAAAGUGGGAUGCCUACAAGUACCAGCGUGGAGUUUAUCCGCAAUUCAUGCAUAAAAACAGAGUACCCAACACUCUGUUUCAGCUCACUCUCCACAUAUGCACCCACAAUCCAAACGAGCCCCAAACAACUGGCCGAAGCCGCACUCUCUGUUAGCCUAGAUAACAGCAGAAUCACAUCAACAAUGAUUAGAUCAAUGUCGAAAGGCCAAGGAAUGAGUUUUAGAGAGAAAGAAGCCAUGAGUGACUGCAUGGAGACCUUGCAAGACUCUGUGGAAGAGCUCAAACAGUCUCUGCAAGCCAUGGGAGAGCUGACAGGUAAGAAUGUGAAGCUUCACAUGAAUGACAUACAAACAUGGGUGAGUGCUGCAUUGACAGAUGAGAACACCUGCAUGAAUGGAUUCACAAACAAUGAAAUCAAGGAUGAAGGUACUGAGAAUAAGGUGAGAAGCCAGGUUGUGAAGGUGGCUCAGCUUACAAGCAAUGCCUUGGCACUCAUCAAUGGCAUGGCUGGUGCUCAAUCCUCUGCUCCUUGAUCCUCUGUUACUAUCUAUCUCUCUGGUUUCAAACUGUUGUAUGAGUGAAGAAAUUUGUGACUUAAAUGUUUGGUUCAGUGAGGAGAUAAGUUUGUGUUAUUACUGUUUGUUUUAUUUGUCUGUGUAAAAGAAUCAAUAUAUGCAUAAUUUUAACUGAAUUUUGGUGUU